UAGAAAUCGUAAAACGUUUUUUGUCUGAGUUUUGAAGAAAAAUUGAGAAACCGAAAGCUCAAGACGAUAUUUGUCUAUCUACGGUUUGAACUGGUAGAUAAAGGAUGUCGUCAAGGAAACGACAUGACAGCUCUUCUGCAUCAGAUUCAUCCUCGAAUGCAUCAGCAAACGAAUCUGACAGUGAUUCCGAUAGCAGCCGAAGUUCGUCUGGGAACAAGGGACGAGACAGGAAGCGUAACUCUUGGCGAACAGCAGAGAGAAAGGCCAUCUCUCCAGUUCGCAUUGCGAAGGAUUACGGUGGAAGUGAAAGCGGGGAAAUCACAAGUAGUGAUGAAGAAACAGUGGGAAAAUCUCUGAAGAGUUCAGUGCAGAGACCAACUCGAGCAGAAGGAGAAAAUAAAAUAACUUUUUCUGAAGAUAAAAGUGAUGAACAGGAGUCUGAAGAUUAUGACGACAGGAAGGGUUUGAAAGAGAGGAGAAAUCAAGCUGAGGAGAAUGAGGACAGAGGUGGGAGGAUGGAUCAACGCAAGUCGAGGAUGGAGGGCAGGGAGGAUUACGAAAGGUCAGAGGCUGGUCAAGGUGACAGCAGACAGGACAGAGGUCAGAGGUCAAGGUCACCAGAAAUCAAGGAAUAUAGGCGGGAGCGAGACGUCCGUCAGCAAGAAAGGAAUGACGACAGAGGAAAAAGAAAUGAGGACCGAAGGAGGAGGAGGAGUGUGGAUCAUCAGGAGUCUGGAGGUCGACGCAGAAGUAGAAGUCGUAGCAGGGAGCGCAACAGAGGAAGUGAUAUGGAGAAAGACAGAGGCAGAGAUCGUAGGGACAGGGAUGGAGAUCGGCACAAUGAUAGACAGCGUGACAGAGAAUACGACAGGAGGAGGGGCCGUGAAGGAGACCGGAGCAGAGGGAAUCGCGUUGGAGACCAGGAUAAAGAAAACAGGGAUUCGUCGGAUCGUCGACGACAAGCUAAAGCAGACAACCAGGAGGCAGAUGUUCGGCCUGAAAGAAAGAGACCGUCUGAGGAGUCUUCAAGACAGGAACCAGCUGGAAAAAGAGCUCAAGAGGAAACUAGCCAGGAACAACCUCCAGCCAAGAAGUCGAAAGCGGACGACACUCUAGCAACACGAACAGGAGGAGCAUAUAUUCCCCCGGCCAGAUUGCGCAUGAUGCAGGCGCAGAUUACAGACAAGAGCAGUGUGGAGUAUCAGAGAAUAGCCUGGGAAGCUCUAAAGAAGAGCAUCAAUGGUUUGAUCAACAAAGUGAACACGUCAAACAUCAUAGAGAUUGUGAGAGAACUUUUCCAGGAAAACAUCGUCAGGGGAAGAGGUUUGCUGGCCCGUUCAGUCAUCCAGGCCCAGGCUGCCUCCCCCACCUUCACAUCAGUGUACGCCGCCCUGGUGGCCAUCAUCAACACUAAGUUUCCUCAGAAUGGCGAGCUAAUACUGCGACGAUUGAUCAUCCAGUUCCGAAGAGGAUUCCGCAGAAACGACAAGAAUGUGUGCUUGUCCUCAACUCGUUUUAUCGCUCACCUGGUCAACCAGCAAGUGGCCCACGAGGUGCUAGCUCUGGAAAUCUUGACUUUACUGAUGGAAACACCGACGGAUGACUCAGUAGAAGUGGCAAUUGGCUUUCUCAAAGAGUGUGGUCAGAAACUGACUGAGGUGUCUCCAAGGGGGAUAAAUGCUAUAUUUGAGAGGCUUCGUACAAUUCUACACGAGGGGGAGAUAGACAAGAGAGUGCAGUACAUGGUAGAGGUGAUGUUUGCCAUCAGGAAAGAUGGUUUCAAGGAUCACCCAUCUGUAGUGUCUGACCUUGACCUUGUGGAGGAAGACGAUCAGUUCACACAUCUGCUCACCCUGGAGGAGGCCGGACAGGCAGAGGAUAUCCUCAAUGUCUUUAAGGCUGAUCCUGAUUUUGUUGUCAAUGAGGACAAAUACAAGACUCUGAAGAAAGAAAUCCUGGAUGAGGACAGCUCUGAUGGAGAGUCUGGAAGUGGUAGUGGAGAGGACAGCAGUGACGAGGAUGAAGAGGCAGAUGAUGAGGAAGAGCAGCAGAAGAUCAUUGAUCAGACCGAGACGAAUCUCGUGGCGCUGCGUCGGACCAUCUACCUCACCAUACAGUCCAGUCUCGACUUCGAGGAGUGUGCCCACAAAAUCAUGAGGAUGGAGCUUAAACCAGGCCAAGAGGUGGAAGUCUGCAAUAUGAUACUGGACUGCUGUGCUCAACAGAGAACUUACGAAAAGUUUUAUGGACUUCUGGCUCAGAGAUUUUGUCAAGUGGAUAAGAAAUUCAUCGAGCCAUUUCAGAACAUUUUCAAGGAACAGUACGAAACCAUUCAUCGCUUGGAGACCAAUAAACUUCGUAACGUGGCUAAAUUUUUCUCACACCUCCUACACACAGAUGCCAUAGCUUGGGGAGUGCUGAGCUGUGUUCAUCUCAACGAAGACGACACAACAUCAGCGAGUCGAAUCUUUGUCAAGAUUCUGUUCCAGGAAUUGUCUGAAUACAUGGGAUUACCCAAACUCAAUGACAGAUUAAAAGAUCCAACUCUUCAGGUGUGGUUUGAAGGUAUAAUGCCGAGGGACAAUCCCAAGAACACAAGAUUUGCCAUCAACUUCUUCACCACUAUCGGCUUGGGAGGAUUAACGGACGACUUGAGAGAGCACCUGAGAAAUCUGUCCAAACAGCUGAUGCAGCAGAAACAGUUAGCCGAGCCGGAGUCUGAAUCUUCCGACUCCUCUGAUAGCAGUUCAGGCAGUGACUCCUCCUCUGACUCUUCCUCUGACUCCUCGGACUCUGAUGACAGCAGUGACUCCAGCUUGGAAUCUGAUUCAGAUUCUGACGAUGAAAGAUCAAAGAAGAAAAAGAAGAAAGUUUCCCCAGCGAAGAACAACAAAGGCAAAGAGAAGCAGGGACCAGUUGCUAAUGGCCUCGUUAGAGACUCUGACAUUUUUCCUGACCAGCGUGAUAGCUAUUCUGAUCCCUGGGAUAGACAGAGAAGGCCUAAUGACAAGAAGGCAGGACCCAAAGACAAAACUUCAAGGUCAGGUGACAAGAGUUCAGGGUCACGUGACAAAAACUCAAGGUUGGAUAACAAGAGGUCAAAAUCAAAGGACAAGAGUUCAAGGUCAGAGAAGAAUUCAAAGUCAUACGACAAACAUUCCAAGUCAGUUGACCCGAGGUCAGAUGACAACCAUUCACGUGGAAAUGACAGAGGGUCAAGGUCAGAUGAAAAGCUUUCAAGGUCAAAUGAUAAGAUUUCAAGAUCAAGUGACAAACAGUCCUCCAGAAAAGAGCAAAAGAGUUCAAAGUCAAAUAACAUUUCAAGGUCGUCUGACAAAUAUUCUGCGGUAGGUGAAAAGGAAAGUUCGAGAAAACCAAAACACAAGCGAAAAGAUGAAGAGAUAAGUGGGGAUAGUGAAUCAGAGGAGAGUGUGGACUCCGAUGAUUCCAGUGAGGCUGAGGAUUAUGGGAAAGAAAGGGAGGAGAAAGGACUUGAUAAUCGAAGAGACGAUAGGUCCAGGGAUGCUUCCAGCAAAUCUAAAGGAGACCAGCGUGAUAGGGGAGAUGGUUAUGAGGAUGCGAGGGAAGAGUUAAGAGAGGACAGAAGAAAGGAUAGACUUAGAGAAGACAGAUAUGAUAGAGGUGAUAGACAAGUAGAGAAGGAGAGACGAAGAGAUAGGGGUGAUGUGAUAGAGAGGCUUUGGGACUCUGGAAGACAGCGAGAUAAUGACCGUGACUAUGCGAGACCCAGAGAUAAUGGACGAGAUUCAGAUCGGUACAGAGAUAACAGACGUGACCCUGAGAGGUACAGAGAUAACGGCCGUGACUCUGAAAGGUACAGAGAUAGAGAUUUCGAUAGGUCCAGAGUUAAUGACAGAGAAUCUGACAGGUACAGAGAUAACGGCCGAGAACCAGAGAGAUCCAGGGAUAAUGGCCGGGAUGCUGGUAGAUCCAGAGAUAAUGAUACAGAUUUCAAUAGGUACAGAGAUUCUGAUAGACAUAAGGAUAACGGACGCGACUCAGACAGGGAUAGAGAGUACGAUAGGUACAAGGAUAGUAGAGCUAAAGAACCCCGGGACUCUAGGGGAAGGCGUGAAGAAAAUUCUGAACGUCCAAGGAUAUCUUCGCGUCGGAGAUAAACAUGAAUUCAACGGGUUCUUUGGUGCAAGCUAGGUACAUUUUCUUUUUAUCAUAUCGCACCAAUGUGGUGGCUGUGAGUUAACGUCUAGCUCAUGCUGGAUUCCUCUCCAGCCGUACGUGGGAAGGUCUGCCAGCAGCCUGCAGAUGGUAGUGGGUUUCCCCCUGGCUCUACCCGGUUUCCUCCCACCACAAUGCUGGCCGCCAUCGGAUACGUGGAAUAUUCUUGAGUAUGGCGUAAAACAUCAGUCAAAUAAAUAAAAAUAAAUUUCAUCAAUCAGAUGUUAAAUUUGUAUGAAACAGAUUGGUUUAAUAUUAUUUGUUGCAUUUCCUAAAUGGUUAAUACUGAUGGAGUUCAUUCCUGCCAUUCAUCGUUUCUUCACAGUGCAUUAGAACUCUGUUGUACAUGUACUGAACGUAGUGAGGAGGAGGUAACAUGCCUUGCAGAUUGCUUGGACCUGUAUUAUAUAUGUAUUAAAGUAAAAGAAAGUUAAAAUAUGAAGUAAGGUACAGCGUAUGAACAACUAAAAACUAUGUGUAAAAAUACUUUUAUUCAUUUUUUCAGAUUUUUUUUUAAGAGUGCUGAAAGGCAUUCAAAUAUGUGAAUACUAUGGUGGGUUUUAUGAGCCAUAUUGAUGGUAUCAAGGAUCUCUGACGUCUGACGUCACCUUUAUUCCUGAUGUUCACCAGAAAGAAGGAAUUUUGGGGAAUAUUAUUUCAGUAAUCUUUUAUUCAAGGGUGAAAAGAGUUAUUCCAACAUUCAUUGUCAUGAUAAGAGUUGGAAAAACUUCCUGUGAUGUCAAAAGUUCUCUGACAGCAGGGUCUGUAAAGCCCACCUUAGAAUUCAAAUGUUUGAAUGCCUUUAUCUCUUUUCACGAAAAUCUAAAAAUUUAUGAUAAUAUAUUUAUGCAUAGUUUUAAGUUGUGCGUAUGAUGAACCUACUUCGAUUUUUGGGUGUCUUUUCCUCUAAAGAGCAAUCUUGGUGCAGGUAUUCAAAAGCUUCUCGAGGGUUUAAUUUGACUUAAACCUGGUCGUAAUCCGAGGGUUCAUUAGAAGGCAAUUAUUAGCUACCUGCAGCCUGCUACUUCCGCAAAAAAAUACCGACCUACCCUGACCAAAGGUGCUAUUUUGUUUCAUUUAACGGGGGAACUUACAAAACUUAUAACUGUAUCAAGACAGUCCAAAGCUGUGAACUCACUUGUUCCUUCCUUUAUUAUGUCACAAUUAUCAGUCAGAGUAUGUGUGCUCAUAAAACGUAUAUUACAUACACACGCACUGCAACGUCACAGAAGAAAACGGUGCGUUCUGCUGUCAUUUUAACCUUCAGGGUAGCCUUGUAUUCAAAAAGAUGAUAAAGCCCUGAUAAAUAUUGAUACACUGUUGAACAACAGGCUUCUGGGAUUUCUGGUAGUAUUGUACUCGUAAGUACGUAUUGGCUUAGCUGUUCACAUGUAAGUUAUGUUCUUUACAUGCCCUGUUUUCUGCUGUUCUCAAAUCAGAUACAUGUACACUGUUACACAUAUUAAGUGCAGACCUUUCUUUUUUUUUCAAGCAAAACCAAGUGUCAUGUUUGUUAUAGUGGUAACAUACAUGUAAUACCGUUUGUGUAGGAGUUAGUGUGAGUUAUCAACAGGUUUCUAACACUAUUGUGCCAUGUGAAAAUCACCUCUGACAAAGCAUUCCCAAAGCAGCAUUACUCCUAGCAUUAUUUCAAUACCGUAUUGCAUAGCAUUGUUUGGUAAGCGGGUAGCAUUGCCUCUAACAUUUGUUUCCUAAGCUACAUGUACAUGUAAUAUUGUUUUCCGAGCCAGUGUUGCUUCUGGUUUGCCCACCCUGGCCAAUAUUGCUUGUUUAUAAAGUUCUGGCAUUGUUUUCUGAGCCAUUACUGCUUCUAGUUUGUCCUCACUGGCCAAUAUUGCUUCUUAAAGUUCCAGCAUUGUUUUCCAAGCCAGUAUUGCUUCUGGUUUCUUCUCCCUGGCCAAUAUUGCUUCUUUUAGUUCCAGCAUUGUUUUCCAAGCCAGUAUUGCUUCUGGUUUCUUCUCACUGGCCAAUAUUGCUUCUUUUAGUUCCAGCAUUGUUUUCCAAGCCAGUAUUGCUUCUGGUUUCUUCUCACUGGCCAAUAUUGCUUCUUUUAGUUCCAGCAUUGUUUUCCAAGCCAGUAUUGCCAGUUUCACGUACGGUAGGAUAUACAUAUUUACAGCUCUUGGGGAAACGGUUAGUGAAGACGUAUAAAUAUUCACGUAGUUACGUGUCCAGAACGCAACAAGGAGUUUGUGGGAGCAUGCCAUGUUGUGAAUUCACCGCGGCUUUCUUCAACACAACACAAUGGGAAACCUCUCCUGCCUAAAUAACUAUGGCCAAAGCUUUAGUUGUUCAUUCCUGCCUUUGCAAUGAUGUUUAGCGGGCAAACUCAUUUAAUUGCAAGAGAACAGUGGCCAAGUCAACGUAAAACCCAGUCCAAACUGCGCGGAAAAACGUACCCAGUUAUAAAUCUCUCUACGGCACAUACUUUGACUUAUACCCUGCAAGCUUGUCAACUUAACUUCUGAUUGAGCAACCCACUUUAUUUACCUCCAAGUUUUGAAAGCAGUCCACAAUCUCAAAGGGAGUGAACUUUUAUAAUAUAUACUUGAAAAGUUUUGUUACCGUCGCCUUGUACCUAAAAUGUGUACAUGUAGACGUGACUUCUGUUUGAGUACUGAGUAGCUGGCUGUACCAGCCCUUAUCAUUUUCACCUUACACUCAGUAAAGACUGAC